CUGCAACCUCCGAGACGAACGGACGUGCGCGCCGCUUCUCUGCCAAAUACUUGCUUCCCGUUUUGACCAGCGCUCGCGUUAGAGCCACACACUCCGGGAAAGUGUUCAUUAAUCUUGCCUGCACACUGAGGUGAAAUAAUGGCGCCGUAAACACCGAGGCUAAAAAGUUAGAGGCAGCUGAAUAGUUGCCCAUCAUCAGAGAAUAUCUGGAGAAUUCACCUGACGACAUCCUGCAGCACCACUAAUCUCCGCUAGAGGGCGUUCCGCGUUACACCCCAAAGUCUCCUGGGAAAUCUGAGCUCCACCUUCUCCAUUUCUACACUGCAGUCGCACCGAGCAAGAUGGGUUAGACUCAAGUCACGACUCCGCCGGUCCUGAGUGCCUUCAGGGGCACUUGGGGGCCAAAGACUCUGUCAUAGAGAAGAACUGAUUAUUUUUCUUGUUAAUCACGGACUUUAUGAACUAUAUUCUUCGUUGUGACCAGUUUACGUCGACUCUACACGUGUUCAAGAAUCGAACAUUCAAGUAGUUAAUCAACAAAAAUCAACAUGAGCAACUCUAAGUCUAAGAAGGAAAGCUAUGCUCUGCGCCAGCAGAAAUACAGUAACGCUAUCAUCCGGGGCCGUCGACACGUCCCCACCCCUGAAGCCGUUCCACCGUCCUCUCUCCUGGACGCCCCCCCACUGUCUCCUGUACCACUGCCUUCACCCCCCAGGGAGCGUAUACCUGAGUGGGACGACCCGCCAAGACUGGUCACCAACCUAAACAGGAAACAACCAGCUCCUCAGGGUGGAUUCACGGCAGCUAACAGGUAUGUCAAGACUCCAACACACCCGGACGAAAAUGCCAAGGUGUUUGAAGAGUAUGCAGAAAGGAUGAAUGAUAUCCAACAAAAGCAGAACAACAUGGGAGAGGGCAAGCGACCGAGGAAACCCUCCAGACGUCCGCAGACCCCAGCUCUUGUCUCCAUGAUGAUGGGCUCUAGGAAUGAUGAGAACAUGACAGAAAUGGAUUGCUACGUGGCAACGAUGGAUUCCAAGAAGAAGGUACGCGAGCCCAUGGGAGCUGACAAAACAAGGGCCAGAACAGCCCGCAAGCACGCUGCAAAAGCUCCCACAUUGAAGUCUGUGGAAGAGCAACAGGUAUUCUCACUCGGACGUUAUGAGGAGAGAGUCCCAACAAAAGCAGUGCUCAACGACUGGAUGGAUCAUCUCAAAGAGGAGUUCAACUCUACCGACCCUGCUGGAGCUCCCACCCCCACGAUGGACAAGCAGGCAGACUGCGGAGCAGCUGUGGUGGAGCAGGUGAUGGAACCAGACACAAACCACGAGGCUAAGAAGAAGAAAAAGAAGAACAAGAAGAAGCAGAAAACUCGUGUGGAGACACCACCCGACUACACGGCAAAUGUCGGGCUCGACAACGUGAGCAUGACGUCUCUUGAAGCACGUGACCUUGACUGGCAGGAUGAGGGUCGAGUACGGAGCUGUUACAAGACGUCCCCACAGCCUGGACACCUGAGCAGGGAGGCUGACUCACCCACCAUCCAGGACAAGACAAAGGACUGGAUGUACUUCAUCAGGAAAGCUGGGCUUGAGGAGAUGAUGGAGUCAGACCCUACCAGAGACGAGGACAGGAGGACACCGGUCCAGGGCAAAACCACCAAGAACAAGCACAAGGCAAGGAAGGAGAGGCUUGUCCUACCCAGCCUGACUUCAGAUCCAGGAUUGAUGCUGCAGGGAACCAAACUUCACACACCUGGUGUGAGCCUUCCCUCCAUAGGAGAUGGUGUUCUCUCCACUGCUGCCAGACCCAACAUCCCUGAUGAGGACAUGGGAACACAGUUGCCACCGCUGCAGUUUGGCACCAAGCAAGUCGGGAAGACGACAUCAGAAACUGUGACCUUCAAACAGCCCAGCGACAAGUCCAAAGUCCGCAGCACCAAGCGGCGCCAGAAGACCGACCGCGCCUCGCUGAAGGACAAAAAGUCCCAGAAACGGCGCCAUAAAAGCCCCGACCCCUCAUCACCUGACUUGUAAGUUUGGUGGAACAGUGGAUGCCUUACCAUCAUGCCCAGAAUAUUUAUUGGC